AUGGACAUUGCCCAGAGCUCCGGCAGAGGAGCUGGCGAGUGCGCGCGCUGCGGCCGCCAGCUGCCCGAGGAUCCUAGUGGCCAGACGCGGCGCGGGGACGCGGACUCAGGGUACCGCUGCUUGGCGUGGCCCUGCGCCUUCCCUCCUGCGGUCCCCUCCUGUGCGCGCCUCCCCCAGUUCCUCCUCCCCGGCUCCCCUUCUCCCUGCCCGGCGACAGCUCGGCUUGUGUUGCUUCUCCUGGGCGUGGGCUCACGUCUCCUGUGCGUCUUGUGCUCCCUACCCCGCAGAUCCUCAGGCUUCUGGAGACCGUGGGUUGACCCCCGAGGUGAGAAAGACCAAGAGGCACCGCAGCACGCCACCGAGGCGGUGCUGGCUAUCCCUGGAAUGACCGAAGACUCAGGAAAGCUUUCCCAGUACACACACCCAGUCAGACUAUUUUGGCCAAAAUCAAAGUGUUAUGAUUAUUUAUAUCAAGAAGCAGAAGCCCUUCUGAAAAACUUUCCAAUUCAAGCUACAAUUUCAUUUUAUGAAGAUACUGAUAGUGAAGAGGAAAUUGGGGAGCUGACCUGUGAUUCAGAAAAUUAA